AUAAAAGAAAUAUCGAAUUAAAAAUUUUAUUAAUUAGAUAUCAAUAACGAAAGAAUUUAAACGAAAAAAAGAAAAAGUUUGGCGCAAAAUUUAAAAAAAAUAUUAAGUACGUGUGUGUGUAAGUGUUUGUGAGCGAUUUAAAGCUAGUAUUGAAUUAAAGUGUUGUUUGUCAUACAUUGUCAAGUUGUUUUUUUAUUUAAUUUCUAAUUAAAUUACCUGAAAUAAUUAAACAUUUUAGGCACGUUUAAUUUGCCAUUAAUACAGAAAGAAAUUCAUAAAGAAAAACCUACUUAUAUUUUAUUAGUAUUGAAAACACAAAUCUAAAGAAAUUAAAAAAUUGAAUUAAUGAAUAAAAGCGGUCAUUAGCCAUAGUCACCCAACAAACAAUCCAAACAAACUCAAACCCUAAAAUCAAAACCAGUAAAUGCGUAUUUUGUUCUACUUUUUAUAAAUUUUGAGCUUUUUUUUAAUUCCCUUUCUUAUGCAUAUAAAAAAUAUUUUAUAAUAACGCAAGAACAAAAAAAAUAGAAUAAAAUUAAAAAAUUUCAAAACCAGCACCUUUUCAAACCAACGAAAAAAAAACAUAUUUAAACGAAACAAGCAACACUCACCGUCAACAUACAAAACGGGUUGAAAUUUAAAGAAAUUAACAAUAACAACAGCAACAACAACAACAAACACAUUUUAGAAAACCAGCAGUUUUUUUUUGUUAUUUUUGGCUGAAUUUCAAGAAAAGUGUUACAAACACACAAGAAAACGAAAAUCAACAAACUUUAAGGUUCAUCUUCUUCAUCACCACCAGCACCGGCAGCCAGCAAACAACGUCAUCCGUAUUCAAAAAAAAAAGAAGUGUUUCUUCUGGAUACAAUCACAAAAACAACAACAAUAAAGUUUUUGUUAGGAACGGUAAAGGUUUUAACCGAUCGUGCCAGUUAUAUUCCAGUUGUGGCAUAAUAUAUUAAACCUUCAAAACUAGCCAUGGAACGUGGUCUUCACGAUCGUGAUCGUGUGGGUGUACAAGAUUUUGUACUACUCGAAGAUUAUCAGAGUGAAGAGGCCUUUAUUGAUAAUUUGCGUAAAAGGUUUCAAGAAAACUAUAUUUAUACCUAUAUCGGUCAGGUAUUGAUAUCGGUGAAUCCUUAUAUGCAAUUACCCAUCUAUUCUGAGGCUCACAUUAAAGAAUAUAGAAAUAAACAUUUCUAUGAAAUACCACCACAUAUUUUUGCAGUUACUGAUAAUGCUUUUCGCUCUCUGAUUGAAGAAAAUAAAGGCCAAUGUGUUCUAAUCUCCGGCGAAAGUGGUUCGGGUAAGACUGAAGCAUCUAAAAAAGUUUUACAAUAUAUUGCUGCCUGUUCGGGCCAUCAAAGUACCGUCGAGGGUGUUAAGGACAAAUUACUAAAGAGUAAUCCAGUGUUGGAAGCUUUCGGCAAUGCUAAAACCAAUCGUAAUGAGAACUCCUCACGUUUUGGCAAAUAUAUGGAUAUACAAUUCGAUUUUACUGGUACUCCCAUUGGUGGUAACAUUUUAAAUUAUUUAUUAGAAAAGUCACGUGUAGUUAAUCAAAAUUCUGGCGAAAGAAAUUUCCACAUUUUCUAUCAAUUAUUGGCUGGUGCCAGUGAGGAACAAUUAAAGGAAUUAAUGUUGACUAGAUCUUUGAACAACUAUGCCUACUUAAGUGAUGGCGAUAAGGGCUUGGUUAAGACCAUUGAUGAUGCUGAUAACUUUAAGCAAGUGCAACAUGCUAUGACUGUCAUUGAUUUCUCGGCCCAUGAACAAAAAGCGGUGUUUAACAUUAUUGCCAGUGUUUUGCAUUUGGGUAAUGUGCAAUUUGACGAAGAGGAAGGCAAGGCUAAGAUUAAGAAUUCGGAUGUAGUGAAAACGGUAGCCAAACUUUUGGGAGUUGAUUUAAAUGAGUUAAGUGAUGCUUUAACUCAUCGCACCAUCGAUGCCAGAGGUGAUGUAGUUACUUCACCCUUAAGUCGCGAAAUGGCCAUUUAUGCUCGUGAUGCUUUAGCUAAGGCCGUCUAUGAUCGUUUGUUCUCUUGGUUGGUGACACGUCUUAACAUCUCUCUACAGGCCAAGGACUUGCGUACAGCUCGCAAUAAUGUUAUGGGUAUUUUGGAUAUUUACGGUUUUGAAAUUUUCAAAACCAACAGUUUCGAACAAUUCUGCAUUAAUUUCUGUAACGAAAAAUUGCAACAAUUGUUUAUUGAAUUGACUCUAAAAUCGGAACAGGAUGAAUAUAGACGUGAAGGUAUUGAGUGGGUGCCAGUCGAAUAUUUCGAUAAUAAAGUUAUUUGCAACUUGAUUGAAGAGAAACAUAAGGGUAUUAUAUCCAUAUUGGAUGAAGAAUGUUUGCGUCCAGGCGAACCCACCGACAUGACAUUCUUGGCUAAAUUGACCGAUCGUUUGGGUGAUCAUCCUCACUAUUUGUGCCAUGAAAAAGCUCCCAUACAUGUGCAAAAAACUAUGGGACGUAACGAGUUCCGUCUAGUUCACUAUGCUGGUGAUGUGACUUAUAAUGUCAACAGUUUCUUGGACAAAAACAAUGACUUGUUGUUCCGUGAUUUGAAGGAAACCAUGAGUAAAGCUGAUAAUAAUAUUGUGCGUGUUUGUUUCCCUGAGUCAGAAUAUUUGAAUAAAAAGAGACCUGAAACUGCUGUCACCCAGUUCAGAACAUCCCUUAACAAUUUAAUGGACAUUUUAAUGUGCAAGGAACCUUCUUAUAUUCGCUGCAUCAAACCUAACGAUCUUCAAUCACCCGGCAUAUUUAAUGACGAUCUAGUUUUGCAUCAAGUUAAAUAUUUGGGUCUUAUGGAGAACUUACGUGUGCGUAGAGCUGGUUUCGCCUAUAGAAGAACUUACGACAUGUUCCUUAAUCGUUACAAGUGCUUGAGCAAACAAACUUGGCCCAACUACAAUGGACCCGCCAAGGAAGGCGUUAAAAUUUUGGUUAAGGAACUCAACUACGGUCCUGAAGACUACCGUUUGGGUGAAACUAAACUAUUUAUACGUUUCCCCAAGACUCUCUUCGAUACGGAAGAUGCCUUCCAAGAGAAGAAACACGAUAUUGCUGCGAUUUUGCAAGCUCGCUGGAAGGGACGUCAACAACGCAGAAAAUACUUGAAAUUACGCGAGCAGGUUAUCACUCUGCAAUCGUUCUGUCGUCGCUAUUUGGCCCAGCAAGCGGCCAAGAAACGUCGUGAAGCUGCCGAUAAGAUACGAGCCUUUAUUAAAGGUUUUAUCACGCGGAACGAUCCACCCAACGGUUACAAUGAAAAAUUCAUUGCCAAUACGAAACGUAUGUGGCUCUUGAGAUUAUCUAAAGAUUUACCCACAAAAGUUCUUGAUAUGAGAUGGCCUUCGGCUCCCAGUCAUUGUCAAGAGGCCUCCACCUAUUUGCAUCGUUUACAUAGAUUACAUCUGGCACGUAAAUAUCGUUUAGCUUUAUCAGAAGAAAAGAAGAGACAAUUUGAAUUGAAGGUUUUGGCUGAAAAAGUAUUCAAAGAUAAAAAGAGUAGCUAUCCCCAAAGUGUACCUCAUUGGUUUAAGACCGAUCGCAUACCUUCGGAACAUAAUACUGCCAUUAACAACUUCAUUGGUAACAAUUUCAAUGGUGAAACCCUUAAAUAUUCCUCUUCCUGCAUUAAAUACGAUCGUCACGGUUACAAGUCUCGUGAUCGUUUCAUACUCCUAAGCAAUAAAGCAAUUUAUGUAUUAGACGGCAAGACGUAUAAGCAAAAACAUCGCUUACCACUUGAGAAGUUAGACUUUGAUUUAACUAAUCAUAGUGAUGAUUUAAUGGUCAUACGCAUUCCCCUCGAUUUGAAAAAAGACAAAGGUGAUCUGAUCCUGCUCAUACCUUACAUUAUUGAAUUCUGCACCUUCAUUAUUGAUACUGUGGGUACGGCUGAUGUGCUUAAGAUUGUCGAAAGAGAUUCUUUGGAGCAUAAUAUGGUUAAGGGUAAAUCUGGUGUUAUUGAUAUUCAAACUGGUGGUGGUGAACCAGGUGUAGUACGUGAUAAAAGUGGACAUCUUGUUGUUAUUGCUGGCCAAUAGUGAUGUCAACUUAAAAUCGUAUAAAAGAUUUUACCUAAAUUUGUAACCAUGGCUUUAAAUAUAAAUUUUUGUUAUGUACUAUUAUUAUAUUAUUUUAAAAUAAACGAUUUUAUGUAAAUUUGCUGCUA